UCUGAAGCAAACAGCGACUAGUUGAAAAUUAGCGUAGGACGUGAAAUUGGCGCCGGCGCCGUCUCCAGUUGCACAACAGCUUUCGGAAAGAGGAAAGAAAGAGACGCCGAUAUGUCUAAAAAUCGCGAAAUGUGUUAGUGGGAGGGGAUGAAUUUCCACCUCUCUACAUUCGCAGUUUCACCCAAGAUUCGGUUUGGGACGUGCGCGCGAAUUCCGCCUCGAAAUCGAUUAAUUGCAGUUGUGUCGCGAUCGAUUUUUCCUGGAGCCGGUGCCCGAGGAUGCGUCCGUAGACGGCGCCGAGAAGAAGACACCCAGGUGCGGCGCGACCCACCCUUGUGCUUCUGCGACACCGCCAUGUCGAGCUAUAAGAGAAGAGCUUUGGCGAGGAGCCUGUAGGCGCUUCCGGACCCGGGGCCCUUCUGCGAACGAUGAGAGGCCUCCGCCCCCGCGGGGACGUCGUCGCGGUGCUGAUCGUGGGAUGCCUGGUCGGAAGCGCGCAAUGCACGGACGCUACGUCGCACCCCGUCAUAACGGCCCCUCCUCACCGAGGCGCCGCCCGCCAAAUGUACGGUUCUGGGUCGCUGCGGCCCCCAGGAACCAAACCCAUCUACGCCACUGGCCAGAGACAGCACGGCGUUAGGACCACAGUGAGUCCCGAGCAAAUCAACCAAAGACGAAUAUUCGUGCCACACCAGGCGUACCCGGUGGUACCUUAUUCCAUCCCCAUGCGCGAGAUCGACCGGUACCCUUCCGGCUACCCCAUUUUCUACCACCCGGAUAUGUCCCGAAUACCGUCUUCGCCCAACAUGGACCGCCCAUCCAACCGCGGGAUGUACGGCGGACGGAUCGAGUACCCAGACGGGCGCCCCAACAGAGGGCUCGGUAUAGUCCGGUCGAGAUACCCGUUCGACUUCGGGUUCAUCACGGGCAAAGGGUUCGAGAAGAUGCCCCCGGAUAUGGGGUCAAGGCGCUUGGGCCGGCUGCCUCCGAAAAACGGGAUCCUGGGGAAGGGUAGUCCCGAUCUCCACUUGAAGUUCCCAGAGGAAGAGGAGGAAAAGCCGAUGGAGGAGACGCACGGGCAUCCGUGCGGCGGCGACUGCGACGUGGGGGAGUACUUGUGUGUGAGGAGUUGUACUUGCAUUAACGAGAAGUACAGAUGUGAUGGACAAGACGACUGCGAAGGUGACGAAGAUGAGUUGGAGUGUGGGGAGAUUGAGGCGCAACGAAACGUGAAGUGUGACAGUAGUGAGAAUUUUAUUCGAUGUCCGGGGUCCGGAAAGUGCAUUUUGAACGAAUGGUUGUGCGAUGGGGACGACGACUGUGGAGACUUUUCGGACGAAACUCAUUGCGGUUUCGCCGUAAACUGCAGCGUGGACCAGUUCGAGUGUGCCAACGGCCUAUGCAUACCCAAGACCUGGUUAUGUGACAACGACAACGACUGCAAGGACUUCUCCGACGAAUUGAACUGCACCAAAACGGGAUGCUCGGAGGACGAGUUCGAGUGUAGCGACGAGUCGUGCAUUUCUCUGAGCUGGAAAUGCGACCGGCAGGAGGACUGCUCGGACGGGUCGGACGAGAGCGACUGCGACAUCACCCCGCCCUACUGCAACGAAGGCGAGUUCCAGUGCGCCUCCAAGAAGUGCAUCAAACUCACCUUCAAAUGCGACGGGGACAACGACUGCGACGACUGGAGCGACGAAGACGACUGCGAAAAAGCCCCCGGGAACUGCGUGAGCGGCGAAUUCAAAUGCAACAGCGGCAAGUGCAUCCCCGACCGAUACAGGUGUGACAAGCAACACGAUUGCGAACAGAACGAAGACGAAGCCAACUGCGACUACUCGGCAGCCAGGUCGUGCUCGCCCGACGAGCACACUUGCAGUAACGGCGCCUGCAUCCUGAAAACGUGGGUCUGUGACGGGUACAACGACUGUCCGCAAGGCGAAGACGAGUCCAAGUGCGAGAUAGUUUGCGAUGAGUCCAAGUUUCCGUGCAGCGGUCCGGGUCCUAACGACAACACGACGGAGUUUUGUAUCACGAAGAAGCAUGUUUGUGAUGGGAAGAAGGAUUGUCCGAAGGGGGAAGACGAGAGUGAGUGUCCGAGUAAGAGGGAGUGUGAGAAGAAUACGAAGUGUGCGCAGAGGUGCGUCACGUUGGCAGAUGGCGAAAAAGGGUGUUCGUGUUUCCCGGGGUAUAAGCUGUCGGGGGAUGGAUACACGUGCGAAGACAUUAAUGAAUGUUUGUAUGCGACAGACCCGGUGUGUUCGCAAACGUGUAAUAACACAGCCGGAAGUUUCCGGUGUGGGUGUAUGACAGGGUAUGUCCUUCGACCCGAUUUGAGAACGUGUAAGGCCCUAGGGGCUCCACCUACUCUUCUUUUUGCCAACAGAAUUGACAUCCGUCAGGUUUCGUUGAGCAACUCCAAAUACACUGCCAUUUUGAAAGGUCUUCACAACGCAAUUGCGUUGGACUACCACUACAACAAAAAUUUUAUCUUCUGGUCGGAUGUCUCCAUGGACGUGAUCAGGAGGGCGACCCUCAACGGCUCCGAUAUCACCGAUAUCAUAAAGUGGGGUCUGCAGUCCCCUGGAGGUGUUGCCUUAGAUUGGGUCCACGAUUUAAUCUUCUGGACGGAUUCCGGCACCAGACGCAUCGAAGUGGCAACUUUGGAUGGCAAACAAAGAGCCAUCAUUGCCGGGAACGACAUUGAUAAACCUCGCGCUAUCACGGUCCACCCAGGUGAAGCCUUCGUCUUUUGGACCGAUUGGGGCCCUAACCCCAAAAUCGAAAGAGCUGAAAUGGAUGGCAGCAACCGAAAGAGCAUCAUCAACGAAUCUGUCUUUUGGCCGAACGGUCUCACCUUGGACUAUACAACCAAUAGGAUUUACUGGGCGGAUGCUAAACACAACGUCAUCGAAACCGCUCUUUUCGACGGGCGCGACCGCAGAAAAGUUAUCAGUAAAGGGUUGCCACACCCCUUCGCUCUCACUAUUUUUGAGGACGCGAUCUACUGGACUGACUGGCACACGAAGUCUAUUUCCACAGCGAAUAAAGCCACGGGGGCGGGGUUAAGAACAAUCCACUCGCAGUUACAUUUCCCCAUGGACAUUCAUAGUUACCAUCCACAAAGACAACCCAAAUACCAGAACAGAUGCGGGAAGAAUAAUGGAGGGUGUGCCCAUAUGUGUCUACCGAACAGGAAAUCCUUCACGUGUGUGUGUCGAAUGGGACAGAAGUUAAAAGCUGACAAAAAGUCGUGUCAAAAACCGGAGAAGUUGUUGCUUUUCGCACGGAAAAAGGACUUGAGGAUCAAGCAUUUGGAUAAUAAUGCGGUCCAUCAACACCAAAUGGUGAUACCAGUGGAUGGGGUUAAGUCGGCUGUAGCUAUUGCUUGGGAUUCAGAAACCGACUAUAUUUUCUGGACGGACGUGGAACGGGACACUAUCAAUCGGGCUCUUUGGAACGGGUCCAAUCAAGAAGUGAUAGUGAAUACCAAUAUUGUGUCCCCGGCUGGUUUGGCUCUGGAUUGGUUGACUAAUAAGAUUUAUUGGACGGACGCCGACGCGGCUAAGAUUGAAGUGGCUCAGACUGAUGGUAAGAUGCGCAGCCUUUUGGUUUGGGACAACUUGUACAAACCUAGGGACAUCGUCGUAGACCCUACUGGUGGUUUUAUGUAUUGGUCCGACUGGGCCGAUACCCCUAAGAUUGAACGAGCCGCCAUGGACGGGUCCAUGCGCGCCGUCAUCGUCAACAGCAACCUGACUUGGCCCAACGGCUUAGCCAUCGACCACAGCGCCGGUAAAAUCUACUGGGCCGACGGCGGUACCAAAGCCAUCGAGUGUUCCAAUUUCGACGGCACUAAACGCAAAGUCAUCAUCGAUGGCCCCGAGCUGCCGCACCCCUUCGGUUUAGACGUCUUCGGCAACUUCAUCUACUGGACCGACUGGCAAACCCUCAGCAUCGAACGCGCCAACAAACUCACCGGUUUAAACCGCACGGUCCUAGCUUCCGGGAUCACGGGCCUCAUGGACGUCCGAGUCUUCCACCGCAAUCGCAAAAUCACCAAGACCCCUUGCAGCACCAAAAACGGGGGCUGCACCCACCUUUGUCUCCUCAGACCCAAAAACAACCACACUUGUGCUUGUCCCACUGGUAUCAAGUUGGAGAAGGACGGCAAGACGUGCACCAACGGACCGAUCAAUUAUCUGAUACUGGCGCACAGGAACGUCAUCCGGCAGAUUUCUCUGGAUGUUCCUUACAUCUCGGAUGUGAUUUUGCCGCUUCCGCCGCUGAAGUUGGUGACUUCGGUGGACGUGGAUCGAAAAACGGGAGAGAUUUACUGGACGGAUAAAGCUGAGGAUGUGAUUCAGAAGAGCACGCCGGAUGGGAAAAAGGCGAAGUUGAUAAUCAUGCAUGAGCUGCAAACUCCGGAUGGGAUUGCGGUUGAUUCGACGGGUCGCAAGAUCUACUGGACGGAUGGGGAGAGGAAUAGUGUGGAAGUGGCGGAGUUGGAUGGCACCAAUCGGAAGGUUCUGUUUAGUACGAAUUUGGAUAACCCGCGUGCGAUUACCCUACACUACCACCAUGGUCUCGUGUUUUGGUCGGAUUGGGGUAAGAAGGCGAAAAUCGAAGUGGCGCAGAUGGACGGUAGUAAAAGAAAAGCGCUUAUCACUGAAAACUUGGUGUGGCCGAAUGGGUUAGCGAUAGAUCGACCCACGGAACGGUUGUAUUGGAACGACGGGAAGCUAAAUACUAUUGAAUCGAGUGACUUGAGAGGUAACGACCGAAAGGUGAUUAUCACGGAAGCGCCGCACCCAUAUGGGUUAGUAGUUGUGGGUAAUCACAUCUACUGGACGGACUGGCAAACCGAGGCUUUGCAUCGCGCCGAAAAGACUAAUGGUACUGACAGGACGAUCAUCCGGGACAAGCUAGACGGGUUGAUGGAUGUCCGCUCCGUUCAGAGUGACAAUAUUGCUGAAAACGCUUGCGGUAACAACAAUGGGGGUUGCUCUCAUCUGUGUUUGCGCAACUCCAAGGGUUUUAGUUGUGCGUGCCCUACUGGGGUACGUAUGUCGAAGACCAACCCGAAACAGUGCGAGAAGCAACCUUCCACGUACUUGUUACUAGCGACGCGGUUCGCCUUGAAUCGGAUCAGUUUAGACACUGAAGACUUAUGGGAUGUGACUCUACCCAUCGACGAUGUUAAUAAUGUCAUCGACGUGGACUUCCACUGGGAAAAGCGACUCAUCUAUUACACGGAUAUAGGCAACCACGUGAUUCAAAGCGUGAACAUGUACAACUUGUCAGACGUACGAAACGUGGUACGCGCCAACUUAUCUUCGCCAGACGGCAUAGCAAUCGACUGGGUUGCACACAACCUCUACUGGACCAACACCGGGAACAAAGUAAUCGAAGUUGCGAAAAUCGACGGCUCUCACCGGAAAACCAUUAUCAAGAAGGACCUCGAGGAUCCUCGUUCUAUUGCAGUUUUUCCCCGUAAGGGUUACUUGUUUUGGACUGACUGGGGGCACCCGAAAAUCGAACGUUCGUACUUGGAUGGUUCUUCCAGGAAGGUGCUAAUAAGCGACGAACUCAGCUUCCCUAUCGGUCUCACUAUCGACUACUUGGAGCGCCGACUUUACUGGAUCGACGCCAAACUCAACGCUGAGCGCAUCGAGACGUCGAAUCUCCACGGCACGAAUCGGAUCAUUCUCAAGAUCCAAGGCACCCAUCCCUUCUCUCUCACCCAGUUCGGCGACCAUAUCUACUGGACCGACUGGGUGCAAAAAUCCGUCUUCCGAGCCGAAAAGACCUCGGGGACUGACGCCGUCACCAUCAGGUCCCCGUUGGAAGCGGCCAUGGGGCUCACCAUGGUCAGUGCGAGCCGCCAGCUUGGCUGGAAUCCUUGCGCCGUCAACAACGGGGGUUGUCCCUAUUUGUGCUUCUUCAAACUGAAGAACUACACGUGUGGCUGCCCCAACGAGAACGUUAAGUGUGUGGAAGGUGAACCUAAAUCUCCAGUUCCGAAUAAGUGUCCAGCGGGGAACUACAAGUGCGACUAUGACGACGACGACGAUGAGGAUAUUUACAACCCGACGAACCUAAAAGACUUCGAGGAAACGCCCGAGCACUCGAUGGCCGACCACUCCCACAAGUUCUACAUUAUGACGCUGGUGCCCAUGCUGUGCAUCAUCCUGUUGUGUAUAAUCCUGGUGUUGUUCUUGCUGUUCAAGAAGGGGAAGAAGAAGUAUUUGUACGCGACUGGGAGGAGUUUCUCCAACCCCAACUACUACUCGGCGUCGGGGAACGAGCCGAACGUGUCCACGGCGAACGGGGACCGCAAGCAGUUCAUCUGGAAGCGGCUCAAGUACGACAAGUCGCAGGAGAAGGUUUACGAGGACACGGCCGGUACCAGCAGCCCCGAGAUCGCCAGCCUCAUCCCCACCAUCCUGACGCCGUGCAGCUCCAACUGCGAGACGGUCACCCCAGAGCUGGAGAGGUCCCCGUCAGUAACACCAUUGCACAAAGUCGAGAUGGUUCAAGCCGAUGCUUAAACGCACGUUGAAAAUAGUCACCUGUUUAAAGCUAAAAACGAAAAUAAACAAAAACUGCAUUCUUCUAUUGUAAAUAAUAAUUUAAAAGAAAAUUGUCAAAUUAAGGUGACUGACAAUAAAAUACGUUUAUAUAGCUAAUCUGGCUUCGGAUGCACAAGAAAUGUACACGUGCCAAAUUAGUGAAGAUUACAAGAAAUUUACUUGAUCAUUCCGGAGUAGGCGCAGAGACACAGUUUUCCUCCAGGCGCAGCGUGCCGUAAACAUCCCCCUUGAUUUUUUCUGAGAAAGUAAAUUCAUUGUGGUCUUUGAAAUUAUACAAAUUUUGUAUUUUUCUACAAUUGAAUUUCUUGGGUUUUUUUUAUAUGAUUCGCAAAUCCCUAAAAUAGAGAUAUUUUAUUAUAGCACGGUUAGAGAUACUAACGACGACGUUUCAUUUGUUAUUCAUACUAUGGAGAAUAUUGUAACUGUUAAAUUUUUAUCGUUUGUUAAUUACUUUCACAAGAAAAAGAAAAUUCCAUUUACUUUUUUAUAAAUAAUAUAUGAGUGUACUUAAAUAAUCCAAUAGAUGUUACAUAUCUCGUUAACAAAGGACAGUUUAAAAAUCAUUGUUUUCCGUUCGUGAAACAGUUUAUGUAAUUCAUAUCAUGUUACUCUGCAUCCAUCAUUUAAAACGUAAGGAAUCUCUCCCAAUACCCCCCUCAUCAAGUACUUAUGAAUAAAGUACUAUAGUAAUAUUUUUUUAUAAAUAGUACGUGGUGUUUUAUAAACUAAGACUGACUGAUAGAAAUUGUUACAAGUAAUCAAAACAAACUGUACUUAAACAUUUUGUCCCGACGACAGAAUGUUUAAUUAUAUUUUUUGUAUGAAGAACGGUAUGUUUGCGAGGAAGAAGAAAAAAUAUACAUAUUAUUUUAAUAAAAAAAGAAAUAUUCAUGCAGUUCGGUCGCAUUAUGGCUCAACGCGAUUUAACUCUAAUGAAUAUUUUGUGAUAGAGAAAAUUUAUAAAUAAGGUUGAAUUUUUGUAAAUGUAAUUUGUUAGUCGUAAUCACUAUGUAUAUAAGAAACUCAAAUUUAUCCCGAUAGUUUAUUUUCAAUUCCGAUCGUGACACACAUCAGUGUUAUAAACUGUAGGCGAAUCAUAAUAACCUGAACCAGCUCAAUUUACUAACGUUGAAGAUUCGUUGUUUUAUUUGCUAGAUACAAAUGUUUUCGUCAUGAUUGAAUAUACGUCUAUAAUUCUAUGUCAUAGAUACUACUCAAAAAUAUUAAUGAAUCAUCUGGUAGAUAUGAUUUACAUCCAUGUCUUAUCUGUAUAUGACAUAAUGAUAGUACUAUUUAUUAUUUAUGUUUAUGUAAAUCAUUCGAUCUAUAGAACUCAUGAAUCUUAUCGAGCCUCCGAUGAGAAACAUGAUAAUAAAUGAUGUAUUUUAAAUGUUUCAAA